UGCAGCUGAGUUGUUUGUUCAAGAGGCCGGUGAUAUUGGUGCGGAGGGGUCGCGUUAUCAGCGAUUGGGGCGCACCUAGACUCGUGUUUGCAGCGUUCAACGGCGAUGAUAACGUCCACUCCUGAUUUCAAUACCUCAGUGACUACCUCGAGCUUGAGACGCAAUGACUGAAAAAGUCGACGGAUUUUCCAAAAAAUGGAUAAAAGUUUUCCUCUGCAUCACCUGCACGUUUCUGUGUUAUCUGGGCGUAGUGCUAAUUACGAUGGGCAGUGUCAGUAUGAUUCAGUACGAAACGUUUAGCGUGUUUCUCGAUCCUCGAGUGUAUCGAUUGAUUCUGUUCGUGGUGGUGGUCGCUGCGCUUGCACUACUGCUAGCCCUUGUUGGAUUCGUUGGAACUUUGAGAGACAGUCUACCAACCCUGUACACGUUCUGCAGCCUCCUGUUGGUGUUUUCUAUAAUGGAGGGCUCGGUAGCUUUCUUUGGCUAUCAAAUGCACCAUAAAAUCAAAACGGACAUGGAGGAAAACCUGUGGUUAUACAUGUGGUUGGAUGGAUGGAUGGACAAAUUGCAAAUGGAGAUGGAAUGCUGUGGCGUAAACGGUUACAGCGAUUGGUUAAGGGCGCUGCCUCCGGAUGAUUUUACACCGGACUACCGGACCGGACCGGAUUUGGAGGUACUUCCGGAUUUGGAGGUAGUACUUCAGCAAGUUCCGUUGUCCUGCUGUGCAGAUCCGCUCGGCAAUCAGGCAUGCUCACUGUUUCAAUCUGGAUGUCACAGUAAACUUUACAGCAUAUUCUAUGAUACCGGAAAAACCGUUCUGUUGAACACGCUCGGAGCGGUAACACUGCAGCUUUUUGCGGCAAUUUUCACGUUCUUCCUGUUGCGCAAGCUACGACAAUUCCCGGAGCGUCGGGAGAAAAAACAAAUUGAGCAGCAGAACGCUUUCGGUUAUUCCAAAAUGCAGGCCGUUCAGGAUGGGCCCAGUGGUACAGUGUAGCGGAUAUAUUGAGCAAUGUUAAAUCAAAUUUCUACCCGCCUCCGAAAAAGGUGCCCCUGCAAUGCUUAUCACCGACCAGAGAUAAGCAGAUAACGAAGUAUUAGUCAGCAGGUGAUCAUGGGCUCGCUCGCUUUGCCAUCUUUGAUACCGAAUAGAAAAUUACAAAAAAAAGGAAUAACUAUAGCAGAAUUAGUAAAAUAGUAUCGUUCGGUAUUUAUUAAUGUACAAAAUAAUAAAAUAUCUGUAGUGAUUGUUACUACAAUUUUA